CCUAACCAACCACACAAAAGUCAUAUCCAUACCCCAACCGUUUCCAAAACCAAUAAGAAAAAUCCUCUAAUUUUGUACCAUGGAUCUACUCAAGUCUCUGGCAGGCGGUCACGGCGACAAACCCGCGGGUGAGGAUAACAAACCCGGCAACCACGGCCACCGCCAGAAAUCGUCGACGACGGAGCUUCUUUCGAGCGCCAAGGAGGUGGCGGAUGCCGCCAAGUUUGCCGCCAGCAACCAGUCCGACAAGAUAGAUAAGGGCAAGGCUGCGGGGGCGGGGGCAGACCUUCUCGACGCGGCGGCGCAGUACGGGAAGCUGGGGGAGAAGGGCGUCGGCGAGUACGUGCACAAGGCUGGGGACUACCUCCACCAGUACGAGGCCAAGAACACUGCUGCUGGUGGUGGUGGUGGUCAUGAUCAUGCAAAGCCGUCUGAUGAUCAUCAUCAUGGUGAUGAUCAGAAGAAGAGUGAUUCGGAAGGUGGGUUCGGGGACUACUUCAAGGCGGCCCAGGGAUUCUUGAAGAAGUGAUCAUCAUGAUUUUGUUUAAUCGUACUCUUGCUUAUUAAUUAGCUUUGUACGUAGUUUAAUAAUGGAAAUAUUUCUCAUGUGUGGUUUCCUUUUGUUCUAAUGAAUAAGUAAACUCAUGUCCCUGUGUUUUCAUUGAAAUGGAAAUAUUUCUCAUGUGUGGUUUCCUUUUGUUCUAAUGAAUAAGUAGACUCAUGUCCCUGUGUUUUCAUUGUAAGUUAUGACCGAUGUAAUGUAAUAUCUGUGUUUCUGAAAAAAGAAAAAAAAAAUUGUAAUUUAUGUAUAAAUCAUUUUAGUACUGAUUAAUUAUCCUA